AUGAGUAAUGUAUCCUUUGUCUGUGGUAAGGAAGGUGGCCGCGAAAUUUACGCUCACAAAUACAUCCUUGGUACGAGAAGUGUCGUGUUUGAGAAAAUGUUAUACGGAGAGUUAGCCGAGAAAGAAUCGCAGCCCAUUUGUAUUCCCGACGCAGACGAAGAUUGCUUCGAGGAGUUUUUACGCUUUCUUUACGAAGAUGAUUGUGUGAUUACUGGACAGAAUGCUACAGGACUCUUGUACUUGGCUGACAAAUACGAAAUACCAGCUUUGUCUGAACAAUGUUGGAAGUUUCUAGAGGAAAACAUUGACCAAAAUAACGUUUUCGAAGUGCUGACACUCGCACAGAGUUUUAAAAGAGAUAAUUUGAAAGAAAAAUGCAGGGAUUUUUUUUCAGGAAAAACUACUGAAUGCCUUAACUCAGAGGGUUUCCGCGACAUCAAGUCCCAAAUGCUGGAGGACUUGUUAAAGGGGACGAGCUUUUUAGAUACAAGUCAUGCAAAGGAUAUCGAGUUGUUUAAAGCUGCUGUGAAGUGGUCUGACAGCAAAUGCGCGGAGCAGGGUUUAGAUGUUAAAAAAGACAAGAGCGCAAGAAGACAAGUCCUAGGGGAUAUCGUCUAUGACAUUCGUUUUCUGGCCAUGACUCUGGACCAUAUUAUAGAUUAUGUCUCUUUUACUGGGGUUCUCACAAACGAAGAGCUUGUGGGCAUUUUACAAAGAGUCAGAGGACACGAAGUUCCUGGUCUGAAAUGGAAAAGCCCCGUAGUUGAGUCAGUUGAGCCCGAAUCAAUCACCAUAACGAGAUUCGAUGCGCAUGCGGGAAGCGACGUCGUUGAAGACUCUUGGUUUUACGUCAAAGACGAUAAGAUAAACGCUCUGACUUUUACUGUGAACGAAAGUAUUCACCUUCAGGGCGUUCGCUUAUUUGGGGACUGUCAUGGCAGUAGUUACUCCGUAAAAUUCAAGGUGAAAGAAAUGCAAUAUGAAAAAAGGCGCUAUCCGCCUUCGAAACUACACGAAGAUGGUGUCUGGGGUUACGAUGUCAUGUUACCACAACCAAUUUCUUUGCAACCAGACGAAGAAGUCACGAUGACAGCAACGAUAGAAGGACCGGAGUCGUUCAAGGGAAGCAACGGUAAACUAACUGUGAACGUCGGUGACAUUGUUGUGCGUUUUCAUGAUACACCUUCUGGUUCAAACCAUAACCACACCAGCAAAACCGAAGGUCAAUUUUACAAAAUUUUCCUUCUUAAAAUGUAGGACCAAAUGUGGACUGCGGGGGAGGGGGAGGGUGUGGAUUGGCGAGGUCAGCUUAAACUGAUUCGCUAUCUCAGUUAUAAAAUUAUGGUACGCACCAACAUAAAUAUCGCUAAUUUCAAACGAUAUAUAAUAGUAGUAUUUACAUGAACUUUUAUAGUAACGGGCAAGCAUCAUCUUUCAUUCUAAGGCUUUAAUUAAAUGAUUUAAAUGACUAUGCACCGACAUAAAUAUUACUAAUUUCAAGCAAUAUAUAAUGGUAGUUUUUACGUCAACUUUUAAACAGUGAGAACUUCACCUGUCUCAGAAACGCUUAGAAAGUUGAUCAGGGAUUAGCAAAAUUAAACACAAGCACUGUCAGUUCUGUACUUAUAUAAAAACAUAAUUUAAUUAUAACAAAAUAGAUCAUGUACGGCCCAGGAACGGACGGAUCAUAAAAUUUACAAUCAGACUAGAAAAUAA